AUGGGCACGAAGCCUGCGCCGAGGGUCGUCUUUGAGUCGAGUGAGAUGCAUCGUACUGCGCCGUCGGACGUGCACUUUGCGAGCAUGGACGAGAUCAACGAUAGCUCGAUGGACCCCACACGACUGUAUGGACGCACAAAGUUGGCCAUGAUCCUGUUCGCGAAGUACGGCCUGCGGGACCGCGUCAUCAAGCCCAAUGGUGACAAUGUCUACGCUCUCUCCGUACAUCCUGGUGCAGUUAAUACGGCUAUGCAGCAGCAGUGGAAGGACGCGUAUCCUGGUAUUACCGGCAAGCUGUUGUCAAAUGCCAUGCUCUUCGCUGGACGAGACGUGGAGCAGGGGUCGUACAGUGCGCUGUGGUGCUGCACGGCAGAUGAGAUCGAAGAGAAGAACAUGAAUGGGUACUACUUCAACGACCCCGGCCAACCAGGCAAAGAGACAUCUCAAGCCAGCGAUGAGAACCUUGGUGCUGCGCUCUGGGAUCUGAGCGAGCGGAUCAUCAAAGACAAAUUGGGUGCAGAUGCGCUGGUCGACUGGAGUGCGAAGGAAUAA